AACUGUAUUUUCAUUUUUUUCUGGAAGAAAUGAGACUUAUUUCGCGACUCUGAGGAGAGACACACGUGGCAGUCUAGAUCUCCAGAAGCCACAUCCAAAGUCCAAACUACAUCUCUCUCUUCACCGCGCCAACAACAGAGAGAGAAGAAACUCAGAAACAUUUAGAUGGAACACAGAAGAAGCUUCACUUCAAUCUUCAUCAAAGCUGCUUGAAGAUGCGCAGCCUCACUUCCGGUCUCAUCAUCAGAUCAUCUUCUCUCCCAUUCACACUCUACAAACGGUUUCACUUCCUCAAGCCAUGUUCUUCCCUCAAACAGACCAACAAGAAGAAGCAGAAACAGUCUCUCCCUCCCUCCACCGCCCCUCCUCCCCAGACUCUCCGGUGGCUCUUCACUCCCAAAUCCAGUGACGACGAAGACGCUAAAUCCUCCACGGAUGGGGAUGCUGCUCUUAAGGGCACGAUUCUUGCCGGAGUUUUGUUGAUUGGUAGUGUUGGUGGAUUCGCCGGAGUUGGAUACGUCUACAGGGACCAGAUCAAUACCUUUCUCUCUCAGUUCUCUACUCUUAUCGAAGGUUAUGGUCCUGCUGGGUAUGCACUGUUCAUUGCCGUGUAUGCUGGGCUUGAGAUACUAGCCAUUCCCGCUCUCCCGUUGACCAUGUCAGCUGGUCUUCUCUUCGGUUCUCUUGUUGGCACUAUCAUAGUUUCUAUCAGUGGAACAAUGGCUGCUAGUGUUGCUUUUCUGAUUGCUAGAUAUUUUGCUAGAGAGCGUAUCCUUAAGUUAGUUGAAGGCAACAAGAAGUUCCUCGCCAUUGAUAAAGCCAUUGGUGAAAAUGGGUUUAGGGUUGUUACUCUCCUUCGUCUUAGCCCUCUCCUUCCUUUCUCUCUUGGCAACUACCUCUACGGCUUGACGUCUGUCAAGUUUGUGCCUUAUGUCUUUGGAAGCUGGUUGGGAAUGCUUCCAGGGUCUUGGGCUUAUGUUAGUGCUGGGGCUUUUGGACGAGCUAUCAUUCAAGAAGAAUCUAAUGUUGGCUUGCCUGGAGGAAACGGCCAGCUUUUAACACUCGGGUUGGGUUUGUUGGUAACUGCAUUGGCUGCAACAUAUGUGACACGUCUUGCAAAGGAUGCUAUCAAGGACAUUGAUGAUGAGUAGAGAGAUAGGCAAACUAAAGAGGAACAGCACAUCGACGCAUCUGGAUCCAUUGGAUAAACUCGAGGAUUGGUAAAACCUUAGCAGAGAACUAUGGAACCAAAAGUUGAAUUUUUGGUUUUUAAGGAUGAUACUGAUAUUGUUCUAUUCUUGUUCAUAGUUGAGUGAUAUAAUUUGAAUUUUUGUUCUCUAAACAGCAAUAUGUGAGAAAAGAAAAUGCUUAUAGAUAGAUGCAUUUAUAUAAA